ACAUAUAACUAUAUAAUUCUAAGCUCGAUGUAGUAAACAAACAAAACUAACCAAAACAAACAUUCUAGGAUGGCGAGUUCAGAAAUUAUUGAAACAACAGAACAUGAAGAAGACUUAGCAACUUCGUUAUCACACGAUGAGUUACUAGAAGUCACACAAUCAUCCCUAGCGACAUUAUUGAGCAAUGAUUCUCUUCUAAAAGAUCUUCCUAGCGACAUUUUAAUUGAGGAAGUCUUAUCGCAGAUAGCUGUUGAACAUGGCCAGUCAAUCACGAUUUUUGUAUCAAGAGAGACUGAACCAACCUUAAAAGUUAUUAUUCCCCAGAAUGCUUCAGUCAGAGGUCUCAAAAAAACAAUACAGAGGCAUUUUGAAUUGUAUCAAAAGAGGGCAGGUAUCAACACAAAGAUAUCCUGGAAAUAUAUCUGGAAGACUUAUAACCUGACUUUCGACAGCACAGUCUUAGAUGACGACAAUGCCCCCAUACAAAGCUAUGGGGUCAUUAACAAAGUUACACUACAGUUCAAGAAAAGAAAAGGAAACAAAAAAAGAUAAUUUGUAAAAGCAUUUAUUUAUAUAUUCUAUAAUUAUAAGAUAUAAUAUUCAACUUAAAUCCCUUCAUUAUACAUAUAGCUACAUUUUUAUAACAUAAUUUGUUACAUUUUACUUCAAAGUAACAUAAUGGAACUGAACAUAAAAUAAAAUCAUGUACUUUUUCAAAGAAAUGUGGUGAGUUUCACAUACUAUUUGAAUAGAACGAGUACAUAACAUAACAUAAUUAUGGUUAUGCAUUUAAUACAUAUUUGUUCACAUAGUAUUGCAAAAUAACAGUGACUGCGAGCCUAGCCACAAUUUUCUACAUAAUCAAAGAAUAGUAAACUUUCUGCUGCCAUAUUAUUUCACAUGAGCACUACAUUUCUUACUAUACAAUGAUAACAUCUGUAUUACAGAACAAUCCUCAAGCAAGUUUUGUUUCAUAUUAUUUAAACCAGCACUUGAUUCACUUUCUGAAUAAAAGAUCUAACACAAUAUACUCCAUACACAAUAUGCUGAAUCUAAGAGCUGUAGUUUUUUUUCUAAAGCUGUUCAAAGUCGGGCUGCGGCGGCGGUUCCUGCGGCAACGGCUCGAAGUCGCCGAGACUGUAGUGCGGCUCCUCGUGGCGUGGGGUGGCGAGCGGACGGUCGUAUGUGUCCUUGAGUAGCUCUUGAUCAUGCUGGGAAAAUAAGAUAACUGCUUUGUUACUUCUGGCCUACAGGUUCUUAAACUCAAAGUUAUCUUCACAACAACGCCCAAACGGGAUCUGCAUUGACCCCGUGUUUUCUUUAUCUAUAACCUUCAUAUAUGCUGUCAUCUCACAAGUCACAUUCUAUAUUUUCAUAGGAUAGCUAUCAAAGGAAUAUAAUUGCAUAUCGAAGAGAUCUGUACUACUUAACCAGUAAGAGGUACAACCAGUCUUAUAAAGGGGUAUUGAGUUCCCUGGGUACCUGGGUUGAGGAGGUAAGAUAGGCAGUUGCUCCUUAAUCACAUGUAUCCGGUUAAACUAGAAGUUGACCCCAAACAUGAUUGGGAAAAGGCUAGAAAAAUGACCGAGUAUAUUUAUCGAGUGUUAGUUUACCUGAUCGGACUGCAGCACGGAGGGCGGCGCGAGGUCGUCGAGCGAGAGCUGCGUGUUGAGCACAGACGGAGGCGCGUAGUCCGACAUGCCCACCACGCUGUCUACCGGCUGCUGCUGAGAAUAUUAGUUUUAGUUACAAAAUAAUUGGGAAAAAGGCUUGAGAGAUGAUGAUGUUACAACAUAUACUUAUUAUUUUUGCUAGGAACAGCCAAAGUUAAUUGAGGUUGGUCCAAUAUGAUUUCAGCUUUCAUAGCUUUGUAACUCGCCCCCUAUCCCACCGUGGGAUGGAAAACAUCUAAAUUGGUUAAAAAUGUGAUACCAGAAAGGUAAAUAAGGCAAAAACUUGGUUGUUAGUGUUUUUUUAUCAAUCUAUUUAUUGCUCUUUAUGCAGCUGCGGGAAUUAGUUCCCUAGAGACGCGGGGAAUAACUAGAUUGUCAUAGUAUUUUUUUUUUCAACGACAAUCUUGCAAAUUACAAUCAGUGAUCGCCUUCUGUUGAACAUGUACCAUACAUACUAAAAAAUAGCAUUAUUUUUCUUUCCAAAAGGCCUUCUAUUUAACUUACAGUAUCAACAGGUGCCGGGGUAUCUUCAACAGGUUUGACAGCAGUAGCGUCGUCACCAGCCCCGAUGGUGUUGGCGCGGGCGUCCUCUUCCGACGCGUACGCAGACUUGUGGUCACACAUCAGUAGAAUACAUACAUGAAAAUAAAUAUACACAAAUGAUGGCAGCAGGCUUUUCAGAAAAGUUGAAAAUUGGACUUAUAGUUAACAACAGUUUACGCAGUGGGAGCGGUAGGGCGCCGGGCGCGGGGCGUCCUCCAGCGAGUGCGGGCCGGCGCAGUAGCCGCUGUGACGCAGCAUCGCGCGGUAGCAGGAUGUCACGUACGAGCACUUCGUGCAGCGGGUUGUGCCCCUACAAGGAUGAGAGAACACAUGAUAAUAUAUAAAAGAGUGCCUCAAAGAGUGGAGUAAAAGUGCCACAAAUAAAAAGAAAAAGUGUCACAAAGAGUGGAGAAACUGUCCCAUAAAGAGUAGAGAAAACGUCCCACAAAGAGUGGAGAAAAUGUCCCAUAAAGAGUAGAGAAAACGUCCCACAAAGAGUGGAGAAAAUGACCCAAAAAGAGUAGAGAAAACGUCCCAAAAAGAGUGGAAAAAAUGUCCCAUAAAGAGUCGAGAAAACGUCCCACAAAGAGUGGAGAAAAUGUCCCAUAAAGAGUCGAGAAAACGUCCCACAAAGAGUGACGAAAACUUCCCAUAAAGAGUCGAGAAAACGUCGUACAAAGGCUGAAAAAAUCCUGCCACAAAGUGAGAAGAAAAAGUUUCCAGUUAUUACCCUAAUAGCUGUAAAACUAAUCUGUAUUAACCAAAUCUAUACAGUAGUUAAGUACACACUGAGAUUAUCGAAAUUUUAUAAAAUGUGUGAACGCAAAAGACAUCAAUGUGUGGACACAAAAGGACCACCUUUUUCCAGAAAUACAUGUUUGUAAGUACAUGUAUGUAUACUUUUCUUUCUAUCUAUAUACUCACAAGAAAUGCUUGUCCCUCUCUAGCGGCGUGUCGCACUCGCGGCACAGCAUGCCGUCGGGCAGCAGCAGCGUCACGUCCUCGUACGUGUCCGACAGCGUGUGGCUCGCUGAGUCCUUCACCGGGGGACGCGCUUUGUUCUAUGAUAAAUAAACUUAAAAUGUAAUAAUGUAACAAAUAAACUUAAAAUACCUAUCAAUAGAAA